AUGACAGGUCUCAUGCAUGCCAGUGCCCUCGCUAUCCUCUUUCUCAGCAUCACAAGUGCUUCCGCCAAGCCGCCAAAAAAGUUCUGGUUCUCCUUCGGGGACUCAUACUCACAGACCUGGUUCAACGUUACAGGUGUGCAGCCAAACUAUGCCAAUCCGCUCGGAAAUCCGGGGUUUCCGGGCUGGACCGCAUGCGCAGGCCCGGUGAAUAACUGGGUGACUCAAACCACUGCGCAGCUAAACUCCUCCUUCGUAUACGUGUAUAAUCACGCGUAUGGUGGAGCGGUCAUUGAUGACGCCCUUGUUACUCCAUGGAAACCAGGAUUGAAACAUUUGUACGCGCAGGUGGACGAUUUCCUGAACUAUGAUGCGCCGGGCAAAUCGUUCUAUCCCGGGUGGAAGGGUGAUAACUCCAUCUUCGCCUUUUGGAUUGGAAUCAACGAUAUUGGUAACAGCUACUAUCUUGACAAGGAGGGUGAUGCAAAUCAUACCAUCUUCAACCAGAAACUCGUUGAUCGCUACUUUGAGAUUGUCGACAAGACUGUCACCGCAGGAGCGCGAAAUUUUAUUUUCCUCUCUGUUCCCCCGAUCGAGCGCUCACCAUUGAUGUUGACUAUCGCGGAUGAUGCCGCUCAUGCCCGGGAGAAGCAGAUUCGUCAGGACUACAAUGCACGCGUGAAAGCGGCAGCCAAACAGCUUUCGAAGAAGAAAAAGGGGGUUACGACAUGGUUCUAUGACACAGAACCGGUCUACAACUUUGUCCUGGAUCACCCUCGGUUGUUCGGAAUCACCAACAGUACGGCAUAUGGAGAUGGGGCGCAGUAUGCCUGGUGCAACGACUAUCAUUCCUCUCCCACAAUGAACUUGCAAGUUGCAAAGGGUGUGGCUGCGAUUCUACGACCCAGGUUCAUUUAG